AUGGAAGUAGUCGACCAAGGACAACUGAUAAUGCCUGAACAGGAUAGCAAUCCAAUGCCGUUCAAAUGUCCAAUGCAUAAACCUUGUCGCUUACCGGAUUCUUUGGAAGAAGCUGAUUAUCCGAAUAAUGACGUGUGUUCUGAUGACUGGUGUACAAUGCCACAGUCUUCUGGGGCUGAUUUUUUUAGUGGUGGUACGAGUAACUUACUGUUUUUGGUUGAACUACCAGACAGUAUUCGUUCAACGGGUAAUCAACCACGAAAAGUGCUGUUACGUAUUCUGUGUGGUACAGAUUUGGAACGGAGGCUUAAUGAAUCGAUUAUCUUUACCGUUCUUUCCGAAAGGUCUGCAGCUAUUGAUAUUUAUAUGUCAACUUGUUUCCAGUUAAAACAUUAUCAAUGUUGA